AUGAAACAAGCAGAAGAGCAAUAUCAGAUUCUCUAUAAACUAUAACCAGAACCAGUAACUACUCCUGAAAUAAAAGGAUAUGAUUUUAAUCAAGGAGUUGAUUUUGAUGCUCUCUUGAAUUCUUAUGCCAACUUCGGAUUAUAAGCGACUCAAUUAAAUAAAGCAAUCGAAAUAAUCAACAAAAUGAUUCAUUGGAGAUUGGGUCCAAACGAAGAGAAUGAAGAUCCCAAUACUAGAUGUACAAUAUUUUUAGGUUACACUAGUAAUAUGGUAUCUUCAGGCAAUAGAGAAAUAAUCAGGUAUUUGGCUUAGCAUAAAAUGAUUGAUGCCAUAGUCACUACAGCUGGAGCAAUAGAAGAGGAUCUCAUGAAAUGCAUAUCUACUUUUCACAAAGGUGAUUGGUAAGCUAAUGAUAAAGAAAUAAGAUUAAAAGCUAUUUGUCGGAUUGGUAAUAUAUAUGUUCCUGCAGCCAACUAUGGAAAACUAGAAGAUUGGUUGCUCCCUGUAUUUUAAGAAAUGUACAUAGAAUAAAAAGAGAAAAAGUUUAUUUGGUCACCAUCCUCAAUGAUCAAAAGGUUUGGGGAGAGAAUCAAUGAUGAGAGAUCAAUCUAUUAUUGGUGUGCUAAAAAUGAUAUUCCAGUGUAUUGUCCUGCUUUAACAGACGGAGCAAUAGGAGACAUGAUGUUCCACUUCAAUUAUAAGCAAGAUGGCUUGAUUUGUGAUAUUCUAAGAGAUGUGGUUGCGUUAGACAAGAAAGCCAUGUAUUCAAAGAAAUCAGGAUUGGUAAUAUUGGGAGGAGGAGUGGUUAAACACCAUAUAAUGAAUGCUAAUAUCUGGAGAAAUGGUGCAGAUUUGGCAGUAUUCAUUAAUACUGGUAUCGAAUAUGAUGGAAGUGAUGCUGGUGCCAAGCCAUCAGAAGGAAUCACUUGGGGUAAAUUAAGAGUGGAUGCUGAGUAUGUAAAAGUAUUCUCCGAGGCUACUCUAGUGUUUCCUUUGGUUGUCGCUUAGACCUUUGCCAAACACUUUCAAGAAGCUAAAAGGGUUUGA